AUGAGUCAGGAGCUGUGGUUGGUGCUGGCGGUGAUGAUCUCACUGGCGAGGCCGCUGAUUGGUCAUACAAACAAACUGGACUUUGACAGCAGACCAAUCAGAAUAACCCUCGAGCAAGUCCCCUUCCCCAUAACCCGGGUCCCUCACGAUGCCUUUCUCCCUGAGGUACCUCCCAAGACGACCUCUGAACUUGGCCUCCAUGAUGUUGAUGGCUUCGACGAAAACAGAAAUAGAGAUAAAAUAUUAAGAAGAAAGAGAAGAGAAGUUAAGAAGACGACGCAGAGGGAAGAAGAAGAGAGCUAUGAUGAGGUUCCCAUCUUGGACGCCUCAUUCCAUACCACACCACACCACGCUACACCCCACCAUACCACACCACACCACGCUACACCCCACCACGCCAUACCAUCUUCUCAUCCAGUUGUUGUGGCUGCUCAUACACCCGUUCAUCCACCGGCUCCUCAUCCACCACCACACCCCCAACUUGUCGCAGCACCAUACCCAGCCGGCUACACAUAUAAUGCUCCAGUAUAUACCGGUUACUCCCCUCCCUUCGGUGUCACUCCCGGUUUUGGUGUCACUCCAGGUUAUGGUGUCACUCCAGGCUACGGUGUCACUCCUCAAUACGUAGCCCCUCAAGCUGCUUCCUACUACCUAGCCCCUCACGUAGGCUACAACCCCUCCCCACCCGUCCAUCAUCAACCAACGGCAACUUACAAGGAACCCGAGUCUGAUUACGCGGCCCCGGAGCCCGAACCUGGAUAUAAGGCUCCAGAAUCCGAUUAUAAGGCUCCAGAAUCCGAUUAUAAGGCUCCAGAAUCCGAUUAUAAGGCUCCAGAAUCCGAUUAUAAGGCUCCAGAAUCUGAUUAUAAGGCUCCGCAAUCCGAUUAUAAGGCUCCAGAAUCCGAUUAUAAGGCUCCAGAAUCCGAUUAUAAGGCUCCAGAAUCCGACUAUAAGGCUCCACAAUCUGAUUAUAAGGCUCCAGAAUCCGACUAUAAGGCUCCACAAUCUGAUUAUAAGGCUCCAGAAUCCGACUAUAAGGCUCCACAAUCUGAUUAUAAGGCUCCACAAUCUGAUUAUAAGGCUCCACAAUCCGAUUAUAAGGCUCCAGAAUCCGACUAUAAGGCUCCACAAUCCGAUUAUAAGGCUCCAGAAUCUGAUUAUAAGGCUCCAGAAGCAGGAUAUGUCUAUAAAGCUCCUGAACCCGAAUAUAAGGCUCCAGAACCUGCAUAUAAGGCUCCCGAACCCGAGUAUAAGGCUCCAGAGCCCACAUAUAAAGCUCCAGAACCCGAUUAUAAGGCUCCUGAACCUGAAUAUAAGGCUCCGGAAGCAGGAUAUAAGGCUCCCGAAGCAGGAUAUCACUAUAAGGCUCCAGAACCCGCAUAUAAAGCUCCAGAACCCGAUUAUAAGGCUCCGGAAGCAGGAUAUAAGGCUCCAGAAGCAGGAUAUAAUUAUAAGGCUCCCGAACCCGAGUAUCAUGCCCCAGAACCAGCUUAUAAGGCUCCCGAACCUGCAUAUAAGGCUCCGGAAGCAGGAUAUAAGGCUCCAGAAGCAGGAUAUGACUAUAAGGCUCCCAAACCCGAAUAUCAUGCCCCAGAACCAGCUUAUAAGGCUCCCGAACCUGCAUAUAAGGCUCCGGAAGCAGGAUAUAAGGCUCCAGAAGGAGGAUAUAAUUAUAAGGCUCCCGAACCCGAGUAUCAUGCCCCAGAACCAGCUUAUAAGGCUCCCGAACCAGAAUAUAAGGCUCCAGAAGCAGGAUAUAAGACUCCAGAAGAAGGAUAUAAGGCUCCAGAAGCAGGAUAUGACUAUAAGGCUCCUGAACCAGAAUAUAAGGCUCCAGAAGCAGGAUAUAAGGCUCCAGAAGCAGGAUAUAAGGCUCCAGAAGCAGGAUAUAAGGCUCCAGAAGAAGGAUAUAAGGCUCCAGAAGCAGGAUAUGACUAUAAGGCUCCCAAAACCGAAUAUCAUGCCCCAGAACCAGCUUAUAAGGCUCCCGAACCUGAAUAUAAGGCUCCGGAAUCCACGUAUAAGGCUCCAUCCCGUAAAACUAAUCCCCACGGUUAUAUUAUACACGACCCAUCAUACUCCACCACCAUUAACCCUAACUACAUCCCUAAAGCGACUACUCCUCACUCUGAUGACGUCACCUUUGUUCCCCUGUAUGAUUAUGCUCAAUAUAAGACUCGUUACCUGAGUAAGGGCUAUGAGGCUCCCAAGGAUGAGUAUCAUGCUCCAGAGGCAGAAUAUAAGGCUCCUGAAUCCGAAUAUAAGGCUCCAGAAGCAGGAUAUGACUAUAAGGCUCCUGAAUCCGACUAUAAGGCUCCUGAAUCCGACUAUAAGGCUCCUGAAUCCGACUAUAAGGCUCCUGAAUCCGACUAUAAGGCUCCGGCACGCGAGUAUGACAUUGAAUAUAAGCCUCCAUCCGGCCACGCCCCACAGGUCUCGACAUACGGUGCGUUACAUCAUAGUGACCACCAGAGUCCUUAUGAACCGGAUCCUACCGUGUAUCCGGCAACAGACCCACAUACGGAACACGGAACCGACCCCGGGUAUGGGUACGUCACGCCCAAACCUUAUACCCCAGAGCCAUCCUAUAAGGCUCCGGAUCAUCCUGCCAAGGGUUAUGAUUAUAAGCCUCCUAAGACUGAAUAUAAGGAGCCUGAACCGGACUAUAAGGCUCCAGCUGCUACUUAUAAGGAACCUGAACCAGAGUAUAAGGCUCCAGCUGCUACUUAUAAGGAACCUGAACCAGAGUAUAAGGCUCCAGCUGCUACAUACAAGGAACCUGAACCAGAGUAUAAGGCUCCAGCUGCUACUUAUAAGGAACCUGAACCAGAGUAUAAGGCUCCAGCUGCUACUUAUAAGGAACCUGAACCAGAGUAUAAGGCUCCAGCUGCUACAUACAAGGAACCUGAUCCAGAGUAUAAGGCUCCAGCUGCUACAUACAAGGAGCCUGAACCAGAGUAUAAGGCUCCAGCUGUUACAUACAAGGAGCCUGAACCAGAGUAUAAGGCUCCAGCUGCUACAUACAAGGAGCCUGAUCCAGAGUAUAAGGCUCCAGCUGCUACAUACAAGGAGCCUGAACCAGAGUAUAAAGCUCCAGCUGCUACAUACAAGGAGCCUGAACCAGAGUAUAAGGCUCCAGCUGCUACAUACAAGGAGCCUGAACCAGAGUAUAAGGCUCCAGCUGCUACAUACAAGGAGCCUACUAUACCCGGGUAUCAAGCUCCUGCACACCAUGUUACCUCUGGGGGUUAUUUGGUCACGCCCCCACAAUACAGGGCAGCACAGAGGGUGUAUGGGGUGCAAGACUCCCUGCCCGUCUAUGGCCCUCCUACACUGCCCCAUAGAGUGUUGGAUCCUUACACCUCUCUUGACUACUACGACGACCCGUACCUUCUGCCUCGACGUCGACCAGGCAGAAGAAGGCGUCCAGGGUUGAGACGUUUCGGGGGCCGACACUACAGGCAAACAUCUCAAUGAACGACAAACACACACCUGUAGCAGUGAUCCACCUGUCUGCCAGAGUGGAUACCCUUUGUUUAAGUCUUCCCACACACUUUACCUCUUGUUCACUACCAUACCUGUUGAGUGUUAGAAAUUGUAGAAACGUGAAGAAAAUUGAAGCAAGUGAAGAAAGGUGAAGAAAUUUGAUGAAAAAAGUGAAAGAAAAGUGAAGAAAUUUGAAACUAAAUAAAGUGAGGAAAAUUAUUAAAGUUAAAAAGUUGAAUGAUAUCGUCUCUCUCUCUCCGUCCUUAUCUGUCUGUCUCUCUCUCCGUCCUUAUCUGUCUGUCUGUCUCAGUUAGUUAUAAGACCCAGUAUCAUACCGUGUGCCAGUGUUUUGUUCGCGCCAAUCAGUAAUUAUAAUCCGCCUUACUAACUUUAUUUAUCAAGUUUACUGUAUUUAUGAAUAAACUAAUUAUUAACUUG